AUGGAGCAGAAGAAGGAGAAUGUCUCCUUUCCAAUGGCCGACCUGAAACGUCCUCCAGCCCCCUACGCUCCAGGAUAUUCAUCAUCAUACACACCAGAAUUGUACCCGGCACCACAGGCCAAGAAAUCAUACACCGCAGCGCCGCAGGCCUCAAAGCAGUAUGUUCCAGAACCGCAGCCCUCAAAAUCCUAUGCUCCCCCAGAUGCACCAAAAUCAUACACCCCCGAUCCGCACGCCCCAAAAUCAUACAGCUCGGAUCCAUACACUGCAAAAUCCUACAGCUCAGAUCCAUACGCGCCAAAGUCAUAUAGCUCGGAUCUGUACGCGCCAAAGUCAUAUAGCUCGGAUCCGUACGCGCCGUCAUAUAGCUCGGAUCCAUUUGCAGUAGAUCCUUGCGCACCAGAACAUUACGAAACCUCAGACAACUAUUCCUACACCAUGGAAAUUAUUGAUGACGAAUGUCCGUCUCCCCCACCCUAUUCAUUGGAAGAGGUCCAUUGUGACAAAGGACAAUCAGGCUGCUGCUCAGGGGCUAGCCAGCCGCCAGUCGUUGUCGCUGGGAUCUUCUCGAGCUCACCCGCCUCGACCAUCUGCCCCUGCUGCCGCCAGAUCAUUACCACGGAGGUCGUCUUCCGCGUGGGAUCUCUGACAUACGCACUCUGCACUUGCAUGUGCAUGGUUGGCUGCUGCCUGGGGUGCUGCCUGAUCCCCUUUGCCUCCAAAUGCUGCAAGGACGUGGACCACUACUGCCCCUGCUGCCGGUACCACAUCUACCGCUACAAGAGGCUAUAG